GUCCGCCAACGCAACCACCCCCUCAACCAACGCACUGCUACCACUAGCGAAAACCCGCAAAACGCGUGCCACCGCGCCCCGAGAUUACAUUUCGUUGUUUCGCCGGACGCGGACGAACGCCGACCGAGCGCGCGCCGCAGCCGAACAUCGAUCCGUACACGUGCGUGGGCGAUACGGCGCUAAAUACAUCCCCCGCCGCCCACGAGACGCGUCUAUCCGAUCGGUGAUUGUGCGAUCGCCGUCGUUGCUCGCUCGCCGCACACACUACCGACGACAGUGUACACGGUUGCACCACUAUCGGCUACAAUACCCCUGCAACCGCCCGUGGCUUGUCUCGCGUGAGUAUAAUACGAUCGUAUAAUAAAUAUAAUAUACACCUCGACAAAACCAUUAACCUCCGCACGUUUUGAACAUAAAAUAAUAACAGUCGAUCGCGCGAUGGUUAGCGUAGAAUAUUAAAUUGCACAUCGCACCGCCUGCAACAAUAAUAUCGUCAUAAUAUCGCGUAUUGUACCAGUGUCGCGGGUGCAGGUGCAACGGUCGUUUGGUCGGCGGUGACCGACAUGGACCGCCGCGCCGAACCGCCGACCAAAUCGGGCGCGACGCGGCUCCGCUGCUGCUGCUGCUGCUGCUGUCAGACGACGGGACGGACUUACUGGUCGUCCACACGCGCUGCGGCCGUACGAACACGUCCCGCCGCUAGUACGUGAGAACACUGCUGCUGCUGCAGAGCUCCGGCGGCGGCGGCGACGGUGACGACGGUGACGACGAUCAUCACUGUGCGGCGAAGGUGCAGUGGGCGGCGGAUGCGGCGACGUGGUGAUCGCCGGUGGUGGCUUGUACCGUCACAGAAGUUCGUCUCUCGACACCAGUGUACGUGAUAAUUAUGGUCGUGGCCGCAACCAUGGCCAGCAUGGAUGACCACGAGCGGAAGAUUGUCGUCGAGUUCUGUCAACUGCUCGAACAGUCGAAGCAGCUAUUCAACGGGCUCCGAGACCUUCCACAAUGCGGUCAAAAAAUCUGGCAAGGGUAUUUCGGAAAGACUUUCGACGUUUACACGAAACUUUGGAAGUUUCAACAGCAACAUAGACAAGUGUUGGAUACAAAGUAUGGCUUAAAGCGAUGGCAAAUAGGUGAAAUAGCCUCGAAAAUAGGUCAACUGUAUUAUCAUUACUACCUUAGAACCAGCGAUACGAACAAUUUGAACGAAGCGUAUUCGUUUUAUUCGGCAAUAAGAGGAAGACAAUAUUAUUCUCGAGUAUCUCAGGAAGAUAGAUCUGAUCUAAUGGUAAAAAAACUGAGGUACUACGCUAGGUUUAUUGUGGUGUGUCUGUUGCUAAGAAGAGUAGGAGCCAUUCGCGAAUUAUUGGCUGAGCUCGACAAGCAAAUCGUAGACUACACGAGUACAUAUGAACCGGACGACCAGUUGGAAUGGUCUUUAGUUUUGGAAGAAAUCAAGACAUUCGUAAAAGCUGAUAGUAUUGUAAAUGUUUUACACGCUGAUCAGAGCAGUGUCAUACUUUCACACAGGCUAACACCGCUGACUACGCCACCGGUGGAAAAAUCUACGAUGAUGAAUCUCUCGUUGCAAGAAAUCAUACUUAUAGGAAAUGCGUCGGAACAGGUCAAGUUCAGUGAAAUGACAAUAGAUAUGUUCAGAAUGAUGCAGACGCUAGAGAGGGAAAAAAACCGAGACGAAGUUAAUCACGUAUCCGACCCCCCUUCGAGAGCAUCAUUUGAAAAAAGUUACUCGAUAACUAGUAAUAAAACCUUAGCGUACCCAAUGAUGGCGAACCAUGACGUGAAUAGUUCAAGAAGAGAAAAUCCUCACAAAUAUAUACUUUAUAAACCAACUAUUACUCAAAUAAUGAUGUUUUUAGCAACAGGUUUUAAAGAGCUUCCUGCAAACGGUGUGCUACUAAUGUACAUUUCAGCAGACGGAUGCUUUCAAACCUCAAAACAUGUAAAUGAUUUGGGUUAUGACUGUGGAGGAAUCAUGGCAAGUAGCAAACGAGAAAUGGAACUGACCAAUAAAAAAGGUGUACAUGUAAAAGAGAUCCAUUGCUUAUAUCCUGGAGAUCUUUACCCGUUUACUAGAAAACCAUUGUUUGUAAUUAUCGAUUCCGAUAAUAGUUUUGCCUUUCAAUACAUACCGAGGUAUUUCGGCCAUCCAUUCGUCGUGCUCAUGUCUCCCCAAGAGUUGCCAGAUAAACUUCACGAACAACUACAACACAACGGAAGUUUGUUCACGUUAUUUUUGCAUAGCCCUUUGACUGCAUUUUGUCUCAUAUGUAACAUCCUAACGGUUAAAAUGCAUUUAUGGGAGAGGGCCAAUUCGUACGUAGAUAGAUUCAUCACGGAAGCUAGCCGUCUAUUUACUAGCAAAGUGAAACCAGACGUGUCUUACAUACAGUUCUUUGGUGACGACUUUUUACGGCUAUUAUUAUUGCGGUACGUCUUUUGCCACGUUGUACUUCGUCAUCAUCGAGCAUUUAUUGGAGAACAGUAUCUUCCGCGGUGUCAGCCGCCUUUGCCUUUGGCCAGCUUUUUAGACGAGAUAUCUCUGAAAAAAUACGUCAGAGAGUUGGCCAAACACCUGGACGUUUUGUCACAUUUCGAAAACUUCGAAUGAUCUUCACGACCCACUAUUAUUAUUAUAUUGCUCGGCGGUCGUCAACUUCUUCCAGUAUAAAAAUAAUGAUAAUUAUUAUUAUCAUUAUUAUUAUUAUUAUUAUUAUUAUUAUUAUUGUUGUUAUUUGAUUAUAAUACAUAGCGUGUAGUAUACCAUAUAUUAUAAUAUUAUGUUUCUAUAAAUAUUGUAUAAAUUCGUGAAAUUCGUGUGUGACCUAUACCUGCAUAUUGUGUGAAAAUUGUUCGGAUACGAUGUAUGUCAACGAUAUUUAAAUCUAUUUUAAAUCUUGAUUUCGACCAAACGUACGUAAAAUGUGGUGAUACAAUUCGUCUAGUUUAUCCCACAUAUUAUUUGUUUUGUUUUCAAUAACCAGAGUUCAAUAUUUGUUCUACAUGCCUAUAUUAUAUACGUUCAGUUAAAUAGUAGUAUCUAGAUUAAAAAUAUAUAGUAUACAUAUAUAUAUAUUUAUAUAUUUUUAAAUAUAUGUUUAUAUGUAUAUAUAUUAUAUAUUUAAAAAAAAUACUAAUUAAAUAUUGAUGGUAUAAUAUAUAUAUUAUAUUUAUACAUAGAUGAGAUGACUCACUAAGGAUGCCCACAUCCCCUUUUCUUUAGUAAUCGAAUUAUUCAAAAUCUAAUUUUUAAAUUAUUAAAUAUACUUAACGACUAUAUUUCUGAAUACUUAAUAGUUUUUAUAUCAUUUGAGAAGUGUUUUAUGGUGAUGUAAACUUCUGUUUUUAAAAUCCAAACCACCCUUCUUUACUUUAAAGUUUAAAUUAAUCAGCAGGUUAUUUUUAAGAAUUUUGAUGUAUCUAAAUUAAUUCUCGAACAUACCUAUAGUUUCUGAGUUAUUUAACAGUAUGUAUUAAGGAUAAUAAAUUUGUGAUUAUAGGUUUUAGUUGGGAUUCUAAUGAUUUAAAAAUUAUAGUAAUGAAUAUUAAUCUAUCCGA